AUGGCUUCUUCAAGUUUAUUCUCACGGCAACACCUUCAACUCCCACUGCCAGUCGACGAUGAAGGUAUCUUUGGGCCCAGCGAAGUCUACGCAUCUUCAUCCGACAGCAGUCGAUCCCCUACACCUCAUGGUGUAUUACGCUCACUACCAGCGUCAAUACCAGAGGAUUGCGACGAUCAGGGAUACCUAGACCCUGACUAUGUCAUCUUCCACGCACCCGCAGCUGAUCCCAUCGACUUCGGGAUAGCAAUAACGGAGCAAGACAAGGAAUACUCGUAUGAGUGGACUGGCGAGCAGCACUCAUUGUCACCUGGAAGCUUCGACAAACGCCCGUUUUCCUUCCUUGAGAAGGAGCUCGGGCCCUCCCCAACUUGGAGCGUAGACUCCGAGCCAGAGUCUGUCAACCCCCAUCGGAGCAUCCUCAAGCUCCCGGACGAAGUGCUUCGUCAGGUGUUCUUGUCAUACGGAGCCGGCACCGACUCAAAACCCAGUGUGCGCUGUGGCCCUCUCUUCCUAGGACAGAUAUGCCGCAGAUGGCGUACAAUCGUGCACUCUACUCCGGAACUGUGGUCUUCUUUGACUAUCCUGGCAGGCGACCACGUCUGUGUUCCUCGGAUGCCACUCCUUAAGGCUUGGCUGAAUCGAUCCAAGAACUGCCCCCUCAAUCUUACUAUCGUCUACGAUGGUAGAAUGCUGGAGCGGCCAGGCAAUUUCGGAUCCAUCGACCUUGUUAGUGAACUCAUCCUAACCCAUUCUUCCCGCUGGCACACUAUGUGCUUCAACUACACCCGAGCAAAACGUCUCAUCUCCAUGCUCUCACGAAUCCCGCCUUGGGGCUUGCCAAUCCUUCAUAACGUUGAAAUAUCGUUACGGCAACGGGUCGCUCCACUCGAACAAGCACCAAUUUUAUCUUCUCUGUUGUCGUGGGCGCCGAGCUUGCGACAAUUGACGUGUCGCGGUCUCGCUGGCAUUUCCCAAAUCACAAUACCCACGCAACUGACGCACCUUGACAUCGAGGGUCCUCUGUCUACCAAGGACUGUCUCGCGCUCCUACGAUCCGGUCGUCAGUUACAGGAUUGUCGUUUCCACAUGGAGCAUUCUCAAGAGGAGAGCUUGGACGAUUCUCCGUUGCUCGUCCACCCACUCCGUUCCCUUUAUAUCUCAAGUCAAGAACAUUUGGGGGACUUCUUCGACCAUCUAAUACUCCCGAACCUCGAAGAUCUGGGUAUUAGCGCACGAUGGACGUCGGCGAGACGGUUACCACCAUGGCCACAACGGCAGUUCAUAUCUUUACUCUCCAGAUCAUCACCUGCCAUCAGGUCCUUCGCUGUUCGAUGCUUGCCUAUGUCAGACAUCGAACUUCUCGAAUCGCUGCUAUAUAUGAGUGACACUUUGAUGAAUCUUGAAGUCUACGUCGUUGGCGGGGGAGAGGGGGGUAUCACUAUCACGGAGACGGCAAUCAGCGCAUUGACCUUCAACGACUACCAUCACAAUCUUUGCCCCAAGCUAGAACAGCUAACACUCUGUGGAUGUGUUCGCGCGGCGGAUGGCCUGCUCGGGGGUAUGCUUGCGUCGAGACGAACGAUACUGUACUCGCCUCGAGAUGAGGAAACGCAUCAGCUACGGCACGUUGAGGUGGCGUUCCCAACCACGAACCAUUGUCAGGAUGUGUUGUAUUUCAAAUCCCUUCAACGCGGUGGACUGCAAGGAGAGGUGAUGUAG